AGGGUUGCCUUUACUUAAUCUUAAAUACAUACAUGUAUAUAAGUCUUUCCUUAAUUGAAACGCAACCCAUCUCUCUCAUAUGAAUCAUCAUACCACCAUUGACUUUUAAUUAAUAUGAUCUUCCAAUUCAACAUCCAAAUUCAACAUCAACAACAUGGCUAAACAAAACAAACUACCCCUUUUUCCUAUCUCAUUUUAAAACAAGUUGCUAUUAUUUUCAUCAUCAAGAAGAUGAACAACUCAACUGAUUCAUCUGGCUUCUUUGGCUCCAAUGACAUAAGUGGAUUUGGUUAUGGCAUAGGAAUUUCAAUUGGUAUUCUUUUACUCAUUACAACCAUCACACUCACCUCCUACUUUUGCACAAGAUCACAAGUUCCAAAUCCUCCUAGGAGAAGAAACAACAAUAACACAUCUGAAUUUCUUGAACCUCAACAUUCAAUACUUGAUUUUGGUUUAGAUGAAGAAACAAUUAUGAGUUAUCCAAAGAUGUUAUAUUCUGAAGUGAAGCUUAACAAAUAUGAUUCCACAUCAACAUGUUGUUCUAUAUGUUUAGGUGAUUACAAAGGAAGUGAUAUGCUUAAGGUUUUACCUGAUUGUAAACAUAUGUUUCACCUUAAAUGUAUAGAACCUUGGUUAAGGAUACAUCCUUCUUGUCCUCUUUGUAGAACUUCUCCAAUUCCAACACCUCUUUCAACACCUUUGGCUGAAGUUGUUCCAUUAGCAACAAGAAGAGAUUCAUAGGUAGUUUCAUUUUUAUUUUAUUUUAUUUUAUAUGUUUUUGCAAAUUGCAUCAUUCAUGGUUUAUCACAAAUUUGUCUCUUUAAGUAAUAUAUUUAUUGAUUCCAUAAUGUAAAUUUUUUCUUUUUAUAU